AUGUUACCGCCACCAACUGCGCUGUCCAAGCGGCCUACCGUAGGCUUGAAACGCGACAGCUCGUAUCUGGAUACUGACGACGAAGCGAACUUGUCAUUAUCGACCAAAAAGCUUAAGGUAGCGUUCGAUCCGAAUGUCGACGUCCGACUUGUGGAUGAUUGGAGCGAGAAGAGCUUCGAGCUGGUGAAGGAAGAAGUAAGGCUAGGCAUUGAACGCCAUCUCGCACCCGGAGACCGGAGGGAUGACACGCAGUAUAUCAAGCUGCUUACUCUUUUUGAUCACGAUGAGGACGCGGAGGAGGCGCCGAGUGGCAAGCUGCUCAAGAAGUAUAUGUUGGCUAUCGAUGCAAGAGUCAGCUCGCUCGGCGAGUGCGGCAAGCUUGUAUCUGCUGUGUUGAACAUGUCGUGGCUGGGCCGAGACGACGUCUUUGCCGGCCUGUUCAUUCGGUUCCUGACUACCUUGGCGACUGCGCAUGCGAAGUUCAUUCCGUCUAUCAUGGAAAAGCUGGUUGCGCAUUUCGCCCGUCUGCCAGCAUCACAUGGCCGGUUACCGGGUGAGACUCCAGUUCCGCGAUCGACCAUGUUUACUCGCGUGCACGCGGCGAUUCGGACAUUGCUGCGUCAGGUACCGUCAGCGAUGGCUGCGUUCACGCGGGUACUGCGAUCAGAGUUCCCGAACGACCUUGCAACGAAGCACUCUUACAUUCAGUAUCAGACUCAUUUACUUCGAGUGGGAGGAUACAUGCCGCAACUGGAAUCCGAAGUCCUCGCGAUUCUUACGCAGCGCCUUGUCAGCAUCGACGUGCAGAUCCAGAUAGACAUCGACGAGUUCGAGGAGGAAGCUGAAGACAAGCUUCUGCAACCUAGUUUCGAGUCACGGUCGACCCGAACUGCAGCCGACGACUCUGAAGACAGCGACGAUGAUUCCGUCUCGGAGUCCGAGGAGACAAUGGCCGAGGAUGAGCAGAGAUUGAAGGAGAUCAAACUCAAGAUCGACAAGAUGGACUUCACUAUGGAUCUACUCUUCGAGCACUACGCAUCAUUAAUGAAGAACGGUCUGAGAGUGGAGUUCAACGAAGCUUAUCAACAGCUCCUUUCGCACUUUACCACCUUCAUUUUUCCGAAUCGCACAAGACACGCACAGUUUCUUGUCUUCCACUUUUCGCAAGCACUGCCAGAGUACGCAAGCUUCUUCGCGAGACAGUGUCUGCAUGCACUAGGAGAAAUCAACAGAUCAAUCUCGCAGCGCCUGCACGCUUGCGCGUAUCUUGCUAGCUUCGUUGCGAGAGGCGUACAUAUACCCGCUAGCAUGGUGCAAGAGAUAUUCGGUCAGCUUUGCCGUGAGCUUGACCUGAUGCGCAAGCGACACGAACCUGGCUGCCGUGGACCCGACAGACGAGCGUACAGUGUUUAUUACGCUGUCGCACAAGCUAUCCUCUACGUCUUUUGUUUCCGGUGGCAAGACCUGGCACUACGCGUAGAAACUCCGGAGCCGGGUGAUGAAGAUGCAAGUAUCGAAGACCUACUGGCAGAAGGCCGUGAGCUGGCAUGGCUUCCUGGUAUCAAAGAGACGAUGGAGAAGAACAUCCACUCGCCCCUCAACCCUCUAAAGGUCUGCUCGCCAGUCAUUGUAGGCGAGUUCGCCAAGCUUGCGCACCAUGUCCGCUUCAUGUACGUCUUCACCAAACUGGAGAGCAACAAGCGUGUCAGACUCGGCAACACGUCCCGUGGCUACGCUGUGGACAACAGCAGACGUGAGACGGCCAUAGACCGGAAAGCUGGCGAAGCACAUUUGCAGCUGGAGGCGUACUUUCCGUUCGAUCCGUACCGAUUACCGCUGAGCCAGAAGUGGAUCAAGGAGGACUACAGAGAGUGGAGUCUGCCUGCUGGCAUGCGGCAGGAUGCGAAUGAGAGCGAGGCGGAGGAUGAGAGUGAUGAGGAGUCACUACUUGACGAGUUGGAGGCUGACGAGCUACCUGCUGCCGAUGUGGUGUCUGUCAGCAGCUGA